UUGAAGCAUAACCGACGGUCCAGAUUUCAAACAGCGGUCGUACAUGGGCCCAGCCCAGCCCAAGGGCCCGCAUCGCUCUCCUCUCCUCGACACGCCAGCGCCACUGUAACCACACGCUCGCGCGCGCGCAUGGCGGCGACCUCGCCGCCGACGAGGCCUACAGCCGCCGCGCUUAUCCCAGCCCCAUCUCCAGGACCCAACCGCGUUCGCGUGACCUUCUUCCGUCGCCGCCGCGCUACUCCUCGGUGGCAGCCCCAACGAUGCAGUCGCGGUGGCAAGGGUGUCGUCGAGGAGGAGGCCGAGCGGGAGCCAAGGCCCGAGAGGAGGGAGGAUGACGAAGAGGCGUCUGUGGCGGCGGGGCCUGCGGCUCUGGGGUGGUUCAGGCUCGACGGGGUUGCAGCAGACAUCCUGACCAUAGCCGCGCCCGCCGUGCUCGCUCUCGCCGCGGACCCCAUCACGGCUCUCGUCGACACCGCCUUCGUUGGCCAUAUUGGCUCGGCUGAACUUGCGGCUGUUGGUGCGUCCGUUUCUAUCUUCAAUUUGGUAUCCAAGCUGUUCAAUGUGCCAUUGCUUAAUGUCACGACAUCCUUUGUUGCUGAGCAGCAGGCGGUGGAUGCCGAUUAUAGUGGCACAGAAGAAAGAGACGGAUUUUCAACACCUCAAGAGAAGGCAAGUGAACAAAAGAAAAUUCUUCCGGCUGUGUCAACGUCCUUGGCUCUAGCUGCUGGUAUUGGAUUGUUGGAAAUGGUGGCACUGCUUGUUGGAUCUGGGACACUAAUGAACAUCAUUGGUAUACCCGUCGAUUCACCGAUGCGAGCACCGGCAGAACAAUUUCUUUCUUUAAGGGCAUAUGGUGCUCCACCAAUCAUAGUGGCACUUGCAGCUCAGGGUGCAUUUCGUGGAUUCUUGGAUACAAAGACACCGUUGUAUGCUGUGGGUGCUGGCAACCUAUUAAAUGCAAUCUUGGAUGCUGUCCUUAUUUUUCCACUUGGUCUAGGAGUAAGUGGCGCUGCAUUGGCCACGGUGACCUCUGAGUACUUGACAGCUUUCAUCCUCCUUUGGAAGCUGAAUAACGAAGUAGCGCUGUUCUCAUGGAAUAUCAUUGGUGAUGGAAUCAUCCGCUACCUGAAAUCUGGUGGACUGCUAAUUGGCAGAACAAUUGCAGUUUUCCUGACACUGACAUUAUCUACAUCCCUGGCUACAAGGGAAGGGCCUGUUCCAAUGGCUGGCUAUGAGAUAUGCUUGCAAGUGUGGUUAACGAUUUCUCUGCUCAAUGAUGCCCUAGCCCUUGCUGGUCAGGCUCUACUUGCUAGCGAAUAUGCGAAAGGGAACUAUGAGAAAGCCCGCAUAGUUUUAUACAGAGUCCUGCAGGUUGGAGGCAUGACUGGUGUUGCACUUGCUGCUACGUUAUUCGUUGGGUUUGAAUCUCUGUCCUUGCUGUUUACAGAUGAUCCAUCAGUUCUAGAUGUUGCCCGAUCUGGAGUUUGGUUUGUCACUAUUUCUCAGCCGAUAAAUGCUAUUGCAUUUGUGGCCGAUGGGCUCUACUACGGUGUUUCUGACUUCGCCUAUGCUGCAUAUUCUACGUUUUUUGCAGGGGCUGUCUCAUCAAUAUUCCUACUUGCCGCUGCUCCUAAGUUUGGUCUGGGUGGCAUCUGGGCUGGCCUUACUCUAUUUAUGAGUUUGCGAGCAAUUGCUGGGCUCUGGAGGUUCGGGAGCAAACGUGGACCUUGGGAAAUAAUCAUGUCCAAGACCGAGUAAAGGACAUACAUAUAACCAUGUAUAUUCAAUCAUUUAGUUGAUCUCUCACAGUCAACAUGGAAGUGUAGUUACAGAACAGUAGCAAGAAAAACAUAUGGCUGCAGGUCAUAGCCCUGCCCUUGAGCAACGCAAGCCUGUGUGGCAGAUAACAUGGUAGCUGAUGUAGCUUUGUGGAAGUAUGUAUACUUGUAUUUGGUGUUAGCUAGUUGAGCUCUCUUGUUAUGCCAUCCGUAGGAUGUUUUUCACAGCUUUCAACUGCUUUGCAUACCCUGUACAAGAGAAGCUGUAUUCAGUUACAAAGCCCUCCUUGUAAAUUUCAGUGAGGAAAAUGAAACUCUUUUUCCUACCCUUUUAA